UUCAGUCUAGAUGAAGGAUGAGCUUCUCGGGCAUAGACAUUGUCCAUCCUGCUGAUGCUCUCUCCUCGUCUCAUCGUAAACUCUUGUGCACCCUCUGGUGCUUGCUAGUCUCCCAAACUUCUUUGUGUAGCCUGCUUUGCAGAUUGUCUUCCUUGUCUGUGUGGUUGCUCAUUAUUCAGAGACAGACGGAUCUCAGGUCAUCUGCAGCUGCAGCGAAGGAGAAGCAGGAAAGAUGGCGAUCAUCCAUUAGACCGACCGGGCGCACGCAUGAAAUACGAGGACAACUUUCGGGAGGAUCGCUCGAGGAGAAGAUUGUACCAGUUUCCCUGAUUUUUCCAGGGAGUUCUCCCCCUUUUCAGUGAUGGAGGGGUUGCAGUGUGAUGGCUGUGACUUCCGUGCCGAGUCAUACGAGGACUUGAAGACACACAUUCAGGAAGUACACACUGUUUUCCUGCAGCCAUCAGACGCAGAUGAGUCGGACUCCCUGAGAGGAGAGGAUGAAGAGGAAGAGGAGGAGAAUGGGGAUAAGGAAGACAAGGAUGACAAAGAUUACACGCCUCCUAAAGCUGGAAUAAGUCCCAACUCUUCUGAAGGACCCAACAAAACGUCACAGAAACCAACUACUGAAACCCAUCUCCCUUUUUACCAAUGCCAGUUCUGCGUCCGUUACUUUCGGUCAAAGUCGUUCUUGAGAAAUCACACCAAAAAGGUCCAUAAUGUCAGAGAGGAAAAAUCAGAUCCAAAAGUCUCCUCAGACAAAGCUAAGCAGGCCAGUUACACUGUAAUAAUGCACAACGAUCAUUCAAAAGUGUAUUCCUGUCAGUAUUGCACAUACAAGUCUCCCCGCAAAGCAAGGAUCUUAAAACACCAACUAAUGUAUCAUAACAAAGUUCCCUCUAGUAGCAGCAAAGCUCAACCGGGCACAGAGGCUGAGGAGGAAUCUGAAGCAGGUGCGGAACUCAUCAAGGGAACAUUUCCCUGCGAAUGGUGUGACUACCAGACUGACCAGAAGGACAGCUGGACUGACCAUGUGGUAAAGGAACACAGUGAUAAGGUGAAGAUCGUUUCCGGCCCUGAAAAUCUAGAAGGAGAACCAAGUGCAAGCUCUCCCAAGCCCAGCUCUCCAGCCUCUUCCUCUAGCCCAACAAGAUCAAAUGUGAUUUUCACCGGAAAGGAAGAUUCAGUGGAAAACCCAGAACAAAUGGUGGAAAAGUCAUUUGCAGAAAUCUCAUCCAUUCAAUACGCACAGAUUAGUGCAGUCACUCCCAACAGCACCGGUUCUUCUAUUUUGUCAAAAAGAUUCGCCUCCGCUGAUGUCUCCAACAGUGUAUCACAUGUGGACACCAACAUGGUCAAUGAGGAUGACUCCAGGAGCAGUUUGGAGGACGACGACGACGACGAAGAAGAAGUGGGCGAUAUAGAUGAUCCCAGCUAUACGGGAAUCCUCUCCGCAGAUGCAAAGCAACUGUUAACAGACGGUGAUAAUAAAUUACUGGAAACUAAAGGAAUCCCAUUCAGAAGGUACAUGAACCGAUUCCAGUGCCCCUUCUGCUCCUUUCUUACGAUGCACAGGCGGAGCAUCUCCCGCCACAUUGAAAACAUUCACCUCUCUGGCAAAACAACAGUGUACAAAUGCGAUGAAUGCCCCUUUAUUUGCACCAGCCCUUUGAAGCUCGGCACGCACAAGCAGAGCCACAAUCCCUCAGAUUUAGAGACAUUGGACCUUACUGGGGAUAGCCCGGAGCCUCAGAACGAUGGUGCCACAGAGCCGCUUAACGGGGGCAAUAUAAGCUCCAAAGUAAACGGGAAGAAGCCAACCAGCACAUCUAAUGACCAGCAGAACCCUCAUCGCUGCACGCUCUGCAGCUUCUCUACCACCACUCUAAAAGGUCUGAGAGUCCACCAGCAGCACAAGCACUCCUACUGUGAUGACCUCGAUUCCACUGUCUUUGAAACCCAGACGAGUGACCAGCCAGACACUGAAGUGGAAGCUUCUCCAGUGUUUCUGCAAAAAACACAGACAUCCAUAUUGGGAUCCACCACCAAGAAAACAUUAGUUGCAGGAAAAAGAGCCAGGAAGUCCAUAAAUGACCUUCCUUUGGAUCUGUCCUCUGUCAAAAAGAGAACUAGAAUUGAUGAGAUUGCCAGUAACCUUCAAAGCAAAAUAAGCCAAAGCCAGCAGGACAUGAUCAUUAACCUGGAUGACAUGGAUGAAGAAUACAAUGGGGAAAAUAAUGGCAGUGGAGACGAGAGUAAAAACGACAACAGAAACCCAGUCUUUGCUUACAACACGCAUCUGUUUAAUCAAGAAUCCUCAGUCUCUCAAGAAGUAGGCAGAAUAGGGAAAAGAAAAAACAACCCCAAGUUAAAACAGAGAAACAUUCCAAUAUCUCUGACUCUGUCUGAUGACGGUGAAAACACUUCGGCUGAUCCCAGUGACAGCACCAUCCACGAGAACAUGGACUAUUCAGAUGAUUCUGGAACCAUGCGCUUCUACUGUAAACACUGUGAAUACCACAACAAAUCAGCUCGAAGUGUCAGCACUCACUAUCAGAGGAUGCACCCUUAUAUCAAGUUCAGCUUUAAGUAUAUCCUGGAUCCUGAAGACCAGAGUGCAGUUUUCCGUUGUUUAGAGUGCUACAUUGAAUACACAAAUUACAAUGACUUGCACCAACACUACAUGGAUCACCAUCCGGAAGCAAGCAACGUGCUUAAUUUUAACCAACCACAUCUUUUGUACAUGUGCCGCUUUUGCUCAUACACAAGCCCCAACGUCAGGAGUCUGAUGCCUCAUUACCAAAGAAUGCACCCCACCGUGAAAAUCAACAAUGCCAUGAUCUUCUCCAGCUACAUUGUAGAGCAAAGUCACAAGACCAGUGAAUCGCAAACCCUUAGAGAGAUAUUAAACUCUGGCCCCAAAAGUUUUAACUCAUCUUCUUCAGUGCCCAGGUCCUCCUCAAGCCCUGUGCCAAAAACAGCUCCAAAGUCUCCAGAGGCCAGUGCUGAGACAGAAUCUCUAAAAGAAACUAUCAGCAAUGUGGUUGUCUAUGACUGUGAUGUAUGCUCCUUUUCCAGUGCCAACAUGCACUCAGUGUUGGUCCACUACCAAAAGAAACACCCAGAGCAAAAGGCAUCUUAUUUCCGUAUACAAAAAACAAUGAAGGUGGUGUCAGUUGAUCCGUCACAUCCCUUAGCAAACUCCUCCUUCAGCCCUGCCAUCUCCAGCACUCCAAAACAAUCCAAUGUAACUCCAUCUGUGUAUGGAUCAGAUGAAGAAAUGUACUACUGUAAACACUGCGUGUACAGCAACAAGUCUGUGGUUGGUGUGCUGGUCCAUUACCAAAAAAGACACCCAGAAGUGAAAGUGACAGCUAAAUACAUCAAGCAUGGUCCUCCCACUCCUGGUCUAAUGAAAUUAAUGGAUGAACUGCAAAUUGCUGCUCCCAAGCAAUUUUUGAAGCAGUUUCAAAAUAAUGGCCACGAUGGCUCGAAAAACUCCAAACAAGGUGGUGGUGAAAAAGGGGAAGAAGAACUGUUCUUUUGCCAGCAUUGUGAUUAUGGUAACCGGACUGUAAAAGGAGUGCUUAUCCACUAUCAGAAAAAGCACAGGGAAACCAAGGCCAACGCCGACCUGGUGCGUCGUCACACUGCAGUGGUGAGGAGCCAGCGCGAACGAGCACAGAUGGUCCAGUCUAGCAGUACUUCCUGUACUGCGAUCUCUGCUUCUGCUGAUCAUGAAAAUGCCACACCUAUGCGUUCCCUUAAGUGCAGACACUGUCCAUAUACAACCCCCUAUGUUUACGCCCUAAAGAAGCAUCUGAAGAAGGAGCACCCUACUGUUAAAGCAACAGCCAUGACCAUUUUACAUUGGGCUUACCAAGAUGGCAUUUUGGAGGCAGGUUAUCACUGUGAGUGGUGCAUCUAUUCUCAUGCUGAUCCCCAGGGCCUUUUGCUUCACUACCAAAGACGCCACCCUGAGCAUAAUGUUGAUUAUGCAUACAUGGCCAGCAAGCUUUGGGCAGGACCAGAAACCACCCAGCAAGGAAAUACGGACACAAAACAUUACAAAUGUAAAGAUUGUGCCUUUGAGGCUUGCUCUAUAUGGGACAUUACAAGUCACUACCAGGCCGUCCACCCCUGGGCUAUCAAAGAGGAUGAAUCUGUGCUUUUGGAUAUCAUCAAAGGUGAUGGCACUGUUGAAAGUUUCCAGCAGCAGGUCACAAAGGAGCAUGGACUUCUGAAUUGCCAGUCUGAUGAAGGAGUACUAGUUAUUGCCACCCCACCUCAAGAAACCCAUUCUCACCCACGCCUUUCUAUUUCUAACAAUCCUUAUCAAUGUACUGUGUGUCUGUCAGAGUACAACAGCCUCCAUGGCCUCCUCACUCACUAUGGCAAGAAGCACCCGGGCAUGAAAGUAAAAGCUGCAGAUUUUGCACAAGAGGCAGACAUCAACCCCAGCUCUGUUUAUAAAUGCCGGCACUGUCCAUACGUAAACUCCCGCAUUCACGGAGUCCUAACUCACUAUCAGAAACGGCAUCCCUUGGUGAAGGUCACCGCCGAGGACUUUGCAGAUGAUAUAGAGCAAAUCUCAGAAUUGCACGAAGGAGACGACAAGUUCAAAACUCAGAGGCAGGGCUAUGGUGCCUACAGAUGCAAAAUGUGUCCAUACACCCAUGGGACACUUGAGAAACUUAAAAUCCAUUAUGAGAAAUAUCACAAUCAGUCGGCCUCAGAUAUGUUCACACCCUCUCUGAGUAAUUUUGCCUCCUUCAGAGAAACAGAGCCAAUGGCUGAAUGCAGCAGCAGUAAUAUGUCAAGCACUGCUAAAGUCCAGGAGGUGAGUGAGUUGGACUUUGCCCUUUCUCAGUUACCCAUCAAUAAGCCAGAGAAACAUGCUGUAUUCAAGUGUCAGCUUUGCAAGUACUUCUGCUCCACAAGAAAAGGCAUUGCUCGCCACUACCGCAUCAAGCACAACAAUGUGCGCGCCCAACCAGAGGGUAAAAACAAUGUCUUUAAAUGUGCGUUGUGCUCUUACACAAACCCUAUCCGCAAAGGCCUGGCUGCACACUACCAAAAGCGCCACGAUAUUGAUGCCUAUUACACUCAUUGCCUGGCUGCCUCCAAGACGAUGAGCGACAAGCCCACCAAAGUGAUUGCUCAGCCGCCAUCAGAUGGGGAGUGCUCAGAAAUGAGUGAAGAGCUGCGUUUGGCGGUGGAGAGGCGGCGAUGUAACCUCUGCGGAUUCCAGGCCUUCAGCAGGAAGAGCAUUGUUUCGCACUACAUAAAACGCCAUCCUGGCGUCUUCCCCAAGAAGCAGCAUUCCAGCAAACUUGGCCGCUACUUCACCGUUAUUUACGCUAAGGAGGCUGAGAAGGCUGAGGAAGGCGUGCCAGACGAAGAGGACAAAGAAGUGUUGGAGGUCCCGCUACAGCCAGAGGAGGACGGUGAUGAUGAUUGGCUUCCUUUCAAGUGUCUGAAAUGCUACCGGUUGUCCUUUAGCACUGGGCAGCUGCUAUCUAUGCACUACAAUGACCAUCACAGCAUAGACCUUAAGAGGGAUUUUUUGGUGUCAUCUACCCCUGAGGAUGAGGAGUCUGAGUUAUACGAAUGCUCCCACUGUGAAUUGAAGUUUACGGGUCUACCUGACCUGGCUGAUCAUCUACUGCAGCACAACGAGGAGUUUGAGAAGAGAGUUAUGAGACUGGAGAGAAAGAAGCAGGUUCUUGGCAAGCAGAAAGGAACAGAGCCGCCGGAUAAUAAACAUGAGAAGGAAAGCCUUGCAAAUAAAACCCCCAUAGGAUUCAGGUGCAACUUCUGCGUGGAGAUCCACCCGACCCUCCGAGCCAUCUGUAACCACCUUAGGAAGCACGUCCAGUAUGGAGAAGCCAAACGGGGUCGUGUCAAGCAGGAAGUCACUGACGUACCCCUGACCGUGCCCUCAAACACUCUAACCAAUGGCGUCCUGGAGGAGGAUGAAGCAGCCGAAGUCGACCACACCGACAGACCCGAAACCUCAUCGUUCAUCCCCCCAUUUUCAAAUCGUUCCACCGAUCAGAACAUUGACGACGUUGAUCUGGAGACCAUGGAUCCGGGCGCGGAGGUUGAGGGAAGAGCGGCCGCCCUCGUGGCUGCCGCCAGAGCCACGGUGUCAGGGACCCAGCUGAAUCACCGGCUGGCAACCGGGGGUCACGCGUGCUCCCAAUGCGACCGGGUCUUCAUGUCCAUGCAGGGGCUGAGGUCCCACGAGAGGAGCCAUUCGGCCAUGGCUUUGUUCAACAAAGAGGACAAAUACAGCUGUCAGUACUGCCAUUUCGUCUCACCCUUCAGACACAACCUGGACAGACAUGUGCAGUCUCACCAUGGCCACCACAAGCCGUUCAAGUGCAAGUUCUGCCCCUUUAAGUCUGCCUACGCGAGUCGCUUGAAGAGCCACCUGCAUAAGGCCCACACAGGUGAGCAGUACACAUACAAGUGCUUAUCCUGCCCAUUCUCCUCUAUGACCAUCAGCCAGCUGAAGGAGCAUUCUCUGACGGACCACGGCGAGGUUCUGACCCUCCCUAAACUCCGAGCUGCCACCCAGGCUGCGCACGCUGCUAUCAGGCUCCCCCGACAGCCUGCGCACACUGACCAUUCUCAUCUGACCACAGAUGAUCCGUCAGAUCUGGAGCCAGCUGAUGUUUGUGAGGAACUCACUCGCUACAAGCUGGCUUCCCGGAGUCAGAUGUCUUUAAACUUUCAACCCGGCGGCUCCACGCCGUGCGGCAUGCUCACAUGCGAGUUCUGCGAGUUCAGCUCCGGAUACAUGCAGAGUCUGCGGCGGCACUACAGGGACCGCCACGGCGGCAAGAAGCUCUUCAAGUGCAAAGACUGCUCCUUUUUCACCUGCUGCAAGGAUAACUUUUCACUGCAUGUCGAGGCUGGUCACAACAACAGUGGAAGCGGGGAUUUACCCAAGGAACUGCACUGCCCUCUCUGCCUCUAUCACACCAAACACAAGAGCAACAUGAUUGACCACAUUGUUCUGCACAGAGAAGAUCGUGUGGCUCCUCUGGAGAUCAGCCGCUCCAAGCUGUCGCGUCACCUAGAGGGCCUUGUGUUUCGCUGCCACAAGUGCACCUUCACAUGCUCAAGUGACCAUGCCCUGCAGCUCCAUCUGCAGAAGCAUGACGAGCUAAAGCCCUACCAGUGCCAGCUCUGCUACUAUGACAGCAGCCGCAGCAGCCAGCUAGAGGAGCACCUUCGCCUUGAGCACAAGGUUAUCCGUAACUUUGAGCUGAUGGGCCGAGUCAACCUGGACCAGCUGGAGAUGCUAAAUGAGCAAGAGAGCAGCGCAGAGGAGGAAGCUGAGAGCGAAAUUCUGGAGAUGGGGGCAGACGGAGAGGCCACCAUGCAGGUGGAGGAAGAGGAGGAGGACGAAGAGGUGGAGGACGAUGACGACGAAGGAAUGGAAAUCAUUGAGAACAUGGUGGAUGACCAGGAGGAGACGGAUGACAAAGAUGGGGAGGAAAACAUCAGAGAGGACGGGGAAAAUGAGGCGGUGGAGGAAGAGGAGCAAGAAGAGGAAGAACUGCAGGAGGAAGAGGAAGAGGAACAAGAAGUCAAGGAGGUAGUGAAGGAAAACACUGUCCCGCAAGAAGUCCUUGCGUCUCCCAGCAGCACCAGCUCUGGGCCAAGCAGCGGAGAGAAGCGACUUCCCUGCGAGUUCUGUGGCCGCUGCUUCACCAACAGCCUAGAAUGGGAGAGGCAUGUCCUGCGACACGGCAUGGUGGUUAACAACACGCGCCUGGACACCGGCUCCACGUCAGCUACUGAGGCCUCGGCUCCGUCCUCCAGUGACUCCUUUGUUAAUGCGGACUCAAGACUGGACCUGGCCAGUAACGGCAAAGAGGAAGAAGAUCCCACUGAUCUCUCACUGACUAGUCAGAGCCAGUAUGUGGAGGACAAAGAAAUGCUUCACACCAAAACGGAUCAACAGUCUCCUUAAACUGAUUGCAGCGACUUCAUGCUUAAAACAAUUGGAAAAAUCAGCGCAGAAGCCUUUGGGAGGUUAGAAUUUAAAGAAAAGUGACUUUUAUCAGUUGGUGCAUUAGUAGAUUUUUUUUAGGUGUUACAUAUAUAAGUAUUAGGUUGUGCUGCAUAAAAAACAUCUGAGCCCUUUUAAAUGGGCAGUCCCCUUGGACAGAACUUAAUAUAUUGGUAACCAAUAGUGAACAGAACUCUUUUAUCGCUGACAUUCUGGUCACAUCCACCAAGAAAGAUCCCUACCUUGAUGAAACCAAGCUAUUUAUGAAGAAUAUUGUCCAAAUCAAUAACUUAAAGUUAGCAUUUUAUUAUUUCAAGCAUCUUUUGCUUCCAGGUUUGGUGAAUUUUAUCUUUAAGCCAACGACAGGUGAAAGAGAUAAACGUUUGCCCCACUGAACAGCGACCAGUUCUUACUCCUUGGUAAAAUUUGGGACUUUUUUUUUAUCCUGUGUUAAAUGUGUGGGAAUAUUCCUUAGAAAGAAUGGCACCUUACCUAUGUUAGUAAAAAUCAAAAAGCAUCUUUUCCCCAUUUUAGAGAUUUUGAACAUUUUUCCAGCCUUUGUAGCAAAUUGCUAUAAUCUAGGUCCCUUUAUAUUAUAUUAUACUGAGUAUAAGCCUUCAACCUGUGAUGCCCAGCUCCUUUAACCUUUAAUUUUUGUUUGUCCUAUUUGUGAAUUUACACAACUCCCCGUUAUCCCUGUCAGAUUCAUGUUGUUAAUAGACCUAGAGAUAUGUUUCAAGUGUCAUAUCUGUAUUCAUGUCCAUUCAGAAAUGAGCUGCAACUGGCUUAAAAAUAAUGGCCUCUUGACAAAGGCUAAUUACACUUGUCUUUUCAGUGCUGAUUGUUGGAUUAGGUGUGUGCAACCACAUCUGCAGAGACCCAGACAACAUGAAUUGAAACAGAGGUUUACUGGGUUACACCAUGCACAGAAUCAGACCACAGUGGGUUCAGACCUCAUCUGUGUUUUGAAACCAGUGCCUUACAAUAAAACUCCUCUACUGGCAAAUAUACUAUAUAUAGCUUAGAAUAACUAUGUUCUUUAAUGAAACCUAGAGUUUUAAUACAAAUACACACGUAUAUAUCUAUGUUGCUCCCCCCCAGUUGAAGACAUCAUCCAACAACUAGUUCUACUUCUAUUGGUCAAACAUAGCAAACUCCUUGUUCUUUCAAGACCGGAAAGAUACACAUCAGUCCAGUGACCCAAAGCGGCCUAAAGCCCCAUGGUCUCCGUGACCUUAGCGAUCAUUCAAAUUCUGCUCAGUCACUGCAGAUUUUGACUGCUCUCUUUGUUGUCUUGCAACAAGAAGUCUUACGCACUCUGUAUCACCUCUGCAGUAGAAUGUUUUCUGAGAGACAUGCACGAUGCAUCCGUCAGAUCUGGAGCCAGCUGAUGUAGUGUGUGUGUGCACCUCCGAUCUUUUAUUUUCUUAUGUUCUUGGUGAGCAAGGAUUGUCUGAGUCAGCUGCUUGGUGCGAUGCUUUUUGUUGCAACAGUGCAAUGGCAGAACCCUCGAUGGGCGCUGGUGCUACCAAGGCUCCUGCAGAAAUCACUCAGGACUCUGCGCCCACUGCGAUGGUCAUCAUCACCAUCAUCUCACCACAGAGGUUUUGUGAGCAGGGUUUUUGAUACACACCAGAAGACUUCUUCUAGAUCCUGCAGGGAACAUUCCACAUUCUGGCUGAUUUGGAGUAUCAUAGUCCAGUCUUAGAGUAGUGAGAGCUGGUCUAAUGCAUCCUCAACUAUUAUUUUCUAAGCUUUGGUAACAAACAUCAACAGUCAGAUUUGCAUUGUCAUGUUUAUUGAUACAGUUGGCUGAAAUAUAGGUGGUAAGGCUUAGACACAUUAACAUUCAGGAGGGUUACACCCAGACAAUACUGUUCAUUAAAAAAUGGAAUUUGCAAUCUUAAGUCUUUUUUUAAAGACUUAGAUUCAAUUCUGGGGAAUAAAAGAGACAUUUUCUGCAACAUUAUGUCUGUUUGGACUUUCAUUAGCAGUCAGUUUUUCUUUUUUUUUUUUUUAGAAGACUAAAAAGUAAACUUUUUUUGAUAAUUGGCUUGCAAAUCCUUAAAAAUCAUAUAAUAAAUUUAGGGUGGAAGCAGUUCCUGUUCUGUUUUGGAAAGAAAAAUCACAGAAAAGACAAGUGUAAGCAAAGCAGAAAGUUCCAGAUACACAUAUACCUGACUUUUUAUGAGGUAAAAGAAAUACUGUUAAACUCUUAUUCUGUGUUGAUAAACAUGUAGUAGUCCACAUUUGUGUGCUUUUUUUUUUUUUUUUUUUUACGAUGGUUUAUCUUGUUGAUCUUGAAAAAAAGCAGAGAUUGUAUUUGUUGGAAGUUGCUGCUUAAAUGCCCUGAAGCCUUAUGAGACAAUGAUUCUGUUCAAUUCGUGUCUAAUUUGAGCAAAACCGACAGGAAACGGUGAACAAUCUGUGAUUUAGAAAAAACAGCGGAUACUCGGUACCAAAAUAUUUAUGAAGCCUGCUGUGUUUGCUGCUGUACUUGUCUUUUUAUUAUGAUUAUUAUUAUUAUUAUCAUUUGCAUUGAACUGUCAAUGGAGAUGGUGAAUUCUAGGUUUGGACCUCGGAAUCUUUGGAUUAUAGUUCAACAUGUAGGAACCCAGGAAAGCUACAUAUUUGCAGCCAUGUAUAGAAAACAAAACUCCUUGUUAAGUGUGUGAACUGUGGUGUUUCAGAACGGAUUAAUCCACCCUGUUUUCCUUUGGGUGUUUUUUUUUAUUAUUAUUAUUAUUUUUCAGGGGAAGAAAAAAAAUUAAGAUAACCUUUAGAGACUUUUGAAUCUCAAUUCCAACGUUAUCGAGCUGUUGUACAACGUCUAGUUGCUUUUUUUGUGCAGCAAAGGAGUAGAAAGGAAGCAUAAAAGGAAACUUAUGCAGUUCUCAAUAAUCGGGCAGGGAUGUUAUUGUGGCGAAUGAAGAGAUGACGCACGCAAUAGUUCAUUUGGAAGCACAAACUGCUUGGGUUCUCUUUAGAGCUUUGCCACCAUAUGGGUUUUUAGUCGACCUAUAGAUGUAGCCGGUCCAUGUCUCCAAAAUCGUGUCGCUCCCCUGUGUUCUCUUGGUUAACAGAAAUGGUGACGACUUGUUUAGACCACGUCUACCUGCUCAUAAUCUCAUAAUCUUUCCAGUCAACAAGAAGUGAAGAAAGCAGCCCUUAUCUGCUCCUCAGUUCCUGAAGUAACUUAAAUCCAGUUGAGUUGGUGCUCAAUUUUAAAAGCUGUUUUCCCAUUUUGCAGAACAAACUCGUCUCCCUUCCCAGAAGGGAAAAGCCCGUUGAAAGUAGUUGUUGUAGGAAUACAGUUUUUAUUGCCCAGCCCGGUGUAAACCAGAGGAUGAGUCUGGACAAGUGUUUCCAUGAAGCUGUCGGCCUGGUAUAGUUUGUUGUUCCGUGAUGAUCUUUGAUGAAUCCUUCACUGUGUUCAGGAUCCAGACUGUAAAAAUCCCCAGUUUACCAAAUGUUCCUGCCCCUGCUGAAGACACACUGGAUACUUGUAUAUAUGUUUAGUUUGUUUCAAAAGCAUUUCUCUUUUCAGACUGUUGUCUCCAUAGUUUGAAACUAGAAUCUCUCCUUGCCUUUUUUUUCCUAUAUACAUCUGAUUACCUGAUGGUGGGUUGUGAUGUUGCCUAGAAUGAUUGUUUACAAUUUUAUUCCAUUUAUCUCUGGAUAUUCUGUAAAUAUUGUAAUUCAUUGUCUUUUUUUAACUUGAUAAUAAAGUUAUCAGAAUACUGAA